AUGACCUACCCAGGCGCACGAUCAGAUGAUGAAUGGAGGACGGUGUUGAACAAAGAACAAUUCCGCAUCCUGCGCGAAAAAGGCACCGAAGCCCCCUUUACGGGCGAGUACGACAAGCAUAUGCCUGACCACGGCGUCUACACCUGCGCGGCCUGCAACGCACCGCUCUACAAGGCCAACCACAAGUUCAAGUCCGGGUGCGGCUGGCCUGCGUACUUCGACAGCAUCCCGGGUGCCGUGACCCGGCACACGGACAGCAGCUUCGGCAUGCAGCGGACCGAGAUCGUCUGCUCGAACUGCGGCGGCCACCUGGGCCAUGUCUUCAAGGGCGAAGGCUACCCGACGCCGACGGAUGAGAGACAUUGUGUCAACAGUAUCAGUUUGAAGUUCCACGACAAGGAGGACGGGGAGGCUAAGAAGGAAGGGAAUGGGGAGGCGAAAUAA